AUGAACUUCUCUCACGACCCUUCAUCUUACUCUUACCAUAAUACUGCCCCUCAACCAUCACACUCUCCAUACAUUGGGGGUACCUGUCUUGACCACAAAAGUUAUGCGUAUCAGCCGGACCCAAGAGCCCUAUCACUCAACGCAGCCGAACGCAGCGCCAUAUUCAAAGCCGCAUUCGCCCGACACCCCAAUGGUCUGGACACGGAGGAAGAAUAUAGGCGUCUUGCAGUCAAGCUUAACAUCACCGUACCGGGCGUGAAGACACGCUUCCGCAAGGCCCAGAAACGGCUUCAACAAGGACAGUAG